GAGUUUGCACUGGGAUAGAUCCCUGAAAUAUGUAAAUGGUGUGGGGGUGCCUAUAGAUAUCCAGAAGAUGCUUCGGCAUGCUUCUGCAUUUUCUUAGACCGCCAUACGGAUAUCACUUAGCUAUCUGAUUUUGGGAUUGAGAACAUGGAGCAACUGAAAUGCUGCAUAAUUGGGGAGUGUAAUGAGAUUUGGGUUAUUAUUGAUGGAACUGACAUGUACGAUGAAGCUGAUAGAAGUGGAAUUGUAUCAGAAAUAUUGGAGGAUGAAACGAGACUUCUCAAGUCACUUGAAUAUCUCUAUGUAUAUCGUAUGAAGAGUUUGAGUUGCAUUUAUGAGGGGCCGCUGCAUCGAGGAUCCUUGUCUCAUCUUAAAUGCUUGGCCUUAGUCACAUGCCCUCGGUUGACUACUCUAUUCACACCUGGCCUACUGGAAAAUCUUGAUAGCUUAGAAGAGCUCAAAGUCAAAGACUGCCGUGUUGUCUCAAGUUUAGUGACGUGUGAAGAUACUUCUAUUUACGAGAGUACUCACUUCCUCCCCAACAUGAAAAGGAUAUCCCUAUUCUCGUUGCCAGAACUCAUUAGCAUUUCCGGUGGCUUACGCGUUGCACCAAACUUGGAACGAAUGAGCAUUAUCGAUUGUCCGAAUCUCAAGAGUCCAUCACCUGAUGAAAUCUGUUGCAAUCAUCCGACAGGGACUAAAGCACAAAGUAUUCCAAAUGAUGCAAGCAGAGAGCAGCCUGCUCCUACUGUGGUUUCGUCUACAACCACUGUUAAUGCAGACCGUUCAACUUCUAAACUCAAAAGGGAACCUAAAGUUGCUUCUUGGCUGCGGAAAUUCAAAUUUAAAGAUCUUAAGUUAGCUGCUAGAAACUUUAGUGCUGCAAGUCUUCUUGGUAAAGGUGGUUUUGGCUCUGUACGUGGAUUUACGAAUGAGAAAUUAGUAGUCGCUCCUCAGCUGCGGAAAUUCUCAUUAAAGGAUCUUAAGUUAGCUACAAGAAACUUUAGUCCCGAGGGUCUGCUUGGUCAAGGCGGUUUUGGCCGAGUCUUUAAGGGUUGGAUUGAAGAAAAUGGGACUGCUCCUGCCAGCCCUGGCACUGGGUUGAUUGUUGCUGUUAAGAUUUUCGAGCUAAGUGGGCAGCUGGCUUACGAACGAUGGCUGGCUGAAGUGAGUAUUCUUGGUCAUCUAGUGCAUCCAAAUUUGGUAAAGUUAAUUGGAUAUUGCGUGGAAGGGAACCAAAGGCUUCUUAUAUAUGAGUAUAUGCAACGAGGGAGCUUGAAAGAUCACCUCUUUGAAACGGAAUUGCCUCUCACUUGGCGUAACAAGACGAAAAUAGCGCUGCAAGCUGCAGAGAUUCUUGCUUUUCUUCAUGGGAAGGCAGAACCGCCAGUGAUAUUUCGUAAUUUUAAACCUUCCAAGAUCCUAUUAGAUGAUGACUACAAUGUCAAGCUUACUGGUUUUGGACUUGCAACUGUUCUCGAGGGAGAUGACUCUCACUCCGGCACUGUCGUAGGAACACUUGGCUAUAUUGACCCGGAAUACUUAAUGCGUGGGAAGAUGAAAGAAUUUUGCCCGAAUUGAUGGAUCCAAGGCUCACAAGUGAGUACUCAGAAAAAGGUGCCCAGAUUGCUUUGUAGUUGGCUGCUGGCUGCCUUGAACUAGAUCCGGAUUCUCGUCCCUGGAUGAGUGAAGUUGUCAAAGUUUUGAAGACUAUCCAAUAUCUUCCAUACAUGCCAAGUACAUCAGAUAUUGAGGACAAGACAGGGAAGCGCUAGCCGUGGAAUGGCAUCCAAACUCAAAUCAUGGUGAAUUCAAGGAAUGCAGCUCCUUCAUUUCCGGAUGGGACCAACACAUAUCCAUGCCACCACACCACCAAUCUUUGGAAGCCAAUGAUAAACUGCGGCAAUGUGCCUAUAAAUAGUCGGCAUUCAACCCCAUUUUUCUCUUUUUCUCCUCUUUCCUUUUUUGGUGCCGGAGUUUUGGCUUCCAUAUAAAUAUUCACUCCUAAUUAUUGAAAUGUCAAUAGAGAAAAAUAUAGUAUGAGUUAUGCUACGUUUAUAAAGUCAUCCAUUGAGAAGUGGUGAGGUGAAGCCCGAAAUUGAGACUUGGGCAUUGGUACCUUAUCUCUCCUCUACAGUGUUUUAAUGAUAAUGAUUACCUUUGAUUGUAUC